CCUAUCCCCAACCAGUUGGGAAUAGGCUUCAACCCUAUUCCCAACCGGAUGGAUGGGUCAAAUAAGGUCAAACCCUAUUUACAGUCAGUUGACUUCCGGUCUAUCCCCAGUAUAGACUUCCUGCCAAUCCCCCCUGUUGACCGGAAGUGUUGCUAUAUAAAAGGCCAGCGUAAACGUGACCAUGGCAUUUUAUAUAAUAAUCAAUUAUCCUCUGGUCACUUUCACUAUCAUUUAUUUAAAAAAAAACAUGGAAGGAAAAUCAUUCACAAAUUUUACUGAAUUCAAGGAAUUUAUCAAGAAGCAUGAAGAGGAACAGCAUGUUUUGUUUGUUACUAGUGGUUCUAAAAAGCUUAUCAAUGGACAUCCAGCAAAAGAAUCCAUACAGUAUGAGUGGCUAAAAUUAGUGUGCAAACAAGGGAGAGCCACAAAACCAACAUCGAGUAAAGGCAUCCGGCCGAAUCAAAGGUCAUGGAAACAUGAUUGUGGUGCAGUGAUACGUGCUGUGAUAAGGCAUUCAGAUGUUACUGGCUACCAGUUUGUCAUCACAAAGGCAAUAUUGUCACAUGAGAAUCACCCCACAGAUCAUUUGACUGCACUUGUGUAUCCUGAAAAUAGAAGAAUAAAGCCUGAUGAAACCGUGGAUCUGAUGGUUGGCACCAAAAUACCGCAGUCAGAAUGA